AUGAAGAAGCCCGACGUGAAGGUAGUUCUCCUGGGAGACAUGAACGUGGGGAAGACGUCGCUGCUCCACAGGUACACGGAGAGAAGGUUCAAAGACACCAUCAGCACCGUCGGAGGGGCGUUUUUCCUCAAACAGUGGGGACCUUACAACAUCUCAAUAUGGGACACAGCUGGCCGUGAACAGUUCCACGGGUUGGGUUCAAUGUACUGUCGAGGUGCAGCCGCUGUCAUCCUCACGUACGACGUCACCAACUGGCAGAGCCUAGCAGAGCUGGAAGAACGCUUCCUGUCCCUGACUGAUACUGCCAACCAUGACUGCAUUUACGCUGUAGUGGGCAACAAGGCUGAUCUCACAGACCCUAAUGCCCAGCUGUAUCAGGACUCCAAUGUGGCGCCUGAGGACCAAACUGAGUGUGAGGAGGAGAGGCCAGAACCACAGGUGCUGUCUGCUUGCCCCACACCCCCGGCCUCCCCUGCGUCCCUCUCUGGGUCGGUGCUGCACAAACAGGUCGCCCCUGAGGAUGCAGUGGCUUUUUAUGGGAGAAUACUGCGCUACAAGGGCCUGGACGAGAAGAGCAGCCUGCCGGCAGAGAAGAUGUGCUUCGAGACGAGUGCCAAGACAGGUUACAAUGUGGACACUCUGUUUGAGGCGCUGUUUGAUCUGGUGCUGCCUUCCAUCCUGAGAAAGAGAAAUGAGAACCAGGAGUCUCCUACAGUGGACCUGGAGGAGUGCAGGGGAGCCAGCAACAAGCGGGCCAGAUCUUCUUGCUGCUAGGACCUGGAAGGUGGAGAGGCUGCUUCAUGUAGAGACUUGUUUUUAACUAUGGACAAUCAACAGGUUGGUCUGCACACCAAAUACAUACUGUGAUGGUACUACUUACCUGCCUUGACUGAGACCUAAAAACAUCAAUGACCUCUCUGUAAAUCACUCACUCACACACUAACACAGACUCUUGAUUCUGUGAAGACGGUCAGAAAAAGCAACUAGCGUUCAGUGUCCAGUGUCAUUUGAAGUAUUUCUUUUUGUAUGGAAAGGAAACAAAUGGGUGUUACGUUAUCACGACUGAAACUGCACUUAGGCCAUAAAUGUGUCUGAAGACAAAUAAUACACAUAAGAAGUCAAUCACUGCUUUUUGUUUAUGUUUUAGAAAGACGAUGUCACAGAUUUAACAGCACUAAUUGUUAGGUGGUGGCAUAUUGCACUGUAUAUUUCAUAAAUCACACUUCUUUUGUUUUCCUUUAUACUCUGUUACUAGCGUCGUUUAUAUUUUUACUGGCACAUUUGAACCUGUUGAAUUUUUAAGUACGCUGUCAUAAUAAAGAUUUUUAUUUUGC